UAUUGAUCAUUAAGGAACUUUCAGUGUCUGGGUAUAAGCAACAUGAUGCUUUAGUUUAAAAACUGGAUUCUUAAUUUCCUUUGGCAUUGUUUCCUGCAAGCAGGGAACACCUGAAAACGGACGCCAUAUAAUCGAAUAUCAGAAUUUGCAAAUGUUUAUCGGCCAAGGUGUUUUGUUUUCAUACUAUUGUCUUGAUUUAGCCGCAAUCAACAUACUCGACAUCUUCAAUCUAGCUGAACGGAAAAGCCACGGGAAAAAAAUUGCCGAACACGCAAUUGCUCACUGCGUAUUUCGCGUAGAACUAUAUCGAUGUUAUCUUUGCUCAACGCAUAAUUAGUCUAACAAAAAAUAAAAGAUUGCCGAUUAAUAUCUAUCAUUUUGCAUGAAAUAUCUCCUAAAAGAGUGAUACGCAGUUUAUCUCUUUAGGGCGCAAUAAGAAAUGAUUAGUUUUUUCUUCAAAUACAUUAUUCAUGUUGGAGCUCUGGGCAUUUCAUUUAAUGCAAACUAUGAUAAUUAUGUUCUGUUUGUAGUGUAUUAUUUUUUGACAGGAUGUUAGUGAGUCUGUCUUGUGAUUCGCCGACAGUCACCUCUUGGUGUCGGCGUGUGUAGGCUCCGUUGGUAUCUCGCAUAUCUAUUUUCCGAGAACAAUCCGCAAAGAUCAGUUGCCUGUAAGACACUGACCUUGAGCCCACCAGCCGGUAUGAACAGCUCAACAGCCAACGGUUCCAUCGGACCCACCUUGUGCUACACGUUAGAGUGUACUUUUACCAAAGGAGAACGCAACUUUAUCGUCUUCUCGCUGUUUUUCAUUGUGGCGAUAUCACUUCUUGGCAAUAUUCCCAUUCUGAUUGCCACUCUGUUUUCUUCCAAGCGCCGGAAUUCCUCCAACUUGUCGACUCUCAAUCUAGUCGUAUCAGAUCUACUUAUCACAAUAUUUUGCAUACCCUUCGUAACUUUGGAUUUGUACGUUUUUGACCAUAACUGGAUCUUCGGCCCAACGAUGUGCCGUCUAGUAACCUUUGUACAGAAUACUGCAGUCCUAGCGUCCUUGAUGAAUCUUUUGACCAUAACAUUCGAGAAGUUCCUCGCGGUGCGGUUUCCGUUUAAUGUUCGGCUCCGAAAGAAGUUGGUGUGCCACUUUAUGCCUGUCGCGUGGAUCAUAGCAAUAGCAGAUUCAAUUUUUUACGUCCGGUUCAAAAAAAUGAAAAAAUUUGGCGACAACUUUCGUUGCUCGGAGGUCUGGCCAGAUUCUGAAACAUUCCGAAAUGCAACUAUAGCGAAGCUAGCGAUCUUUUUUGGUUCUUUAAUGCUGAUUUCCAUUUUCCAUUCGAUAACAAUUUACACACUUGUGAAAAGAAAGAGAAGCUUCCAUCUUCAACUGCACAGAAGUGAAAGGGAUUCUUUCAGGAGAGUUCUUAGUAAGCACAAACGACAAAGAAAAGCCGUGAAGAUUAUCUUACUGAACUUGAUUGCCAUAAUUAUCUGCUGGGCGCCGAUUUAUAUUUUCUUGUUUCUCUUCACAUUUGUCUUUUCCGGAAAAUUUAGCCCGACAAGUGUGAACAUUGGUUACACCGUCUGUGUUUGGCUAUUGUUCAGUCACUGUUCUGCUUCUCCUUUAAUCUACUUCUUUAUGACGCAAAAAGGUAAAGAAACCAUCGCCCUGUGUUCCCUUUGCCUCAGAACCUGCAGGCUUCAGGGAAAAAGCUCUAACAUGGGAGCCCUGCUGCUCGACAGUUCAAACAACCAAGGAGGAAGUGUUAGAACGACAGGAAGAUAUUCAAGCUGGCGAAGAAGUUCCACACCGGGGGCCGAAACUCGGUUGUAAUUAAUUACCGCGGCCAAGUUGUAAACCUGCGCUCAUAAAAAUGGUGAUGAUUCGCCGUCGAAUGCUCGCCCUAACCGGCGUCUGAGCAGAUUGUUUAAACGUCCAUUUGAUCGAAAACCGCAAGAAAUUGCAACACUGGUUUUACAAUCUAGAUCUGUGGAUGACAUUGUCAAGCCUGAAGGCGCUAUCAGUAAACCCACAGGAGACCUGUAUUCCGCUAAUAUAUUGCUUACUUCGAGAAUCCUGUCGAAAGAUUUCAAGACCCAAAACUCAGGAUUCAGAAUUAUGAAAAUGUGCAAUGUUUAUUAAUCAUGGUGUAACGUCUUAAUAUAAAUCUUUCAAGAGUAAAUAACGCAGAGAAGCAAGUAACAGGUAAUGAUGGCAAAGAAUAGUCGUCUGUUAAUUCCCGGUGGAGCUAAACAAUAAUAGGUAUGCUCGUCCUACAAUUUUAGAAAAACGCCUUUAUCGUACUGGAAUUUAAAUUCUUAGGUGUGACUCGUGUUCAUUUUUAUCCUAAGAGAUACUAGAUGUAGAGUUUCUUCAAUCAUUGAUAAGUAAUAUGUGUCAUCUGUCGGUUAAGAACCAGAUUCUGGAGAAAGGAAGUUAUUAAUGUCAACUUCAGUUCUUGAGAACUAGGUCCUGUUAAUUAAGACCUACUUUGAAAUCGUUCCGGCUUAAACUGGAAAUGAAACUAAGGACAGAACUGAACACUGUAAAUGUCUCGUUCAGCGAUAUCAAAACAAGAUUUUCCACGCCGUAACAUUUAGCUACGUCAAGCAUGCCCUUCAGUGCACCUCCCCCGCCGCCUGCCGGAAUUAUUUCUGUCUCGUUUGGCUCUUCGAGCUCUUUCAAGAGUUUCUUCCUUAUAUAUAUAUCUUAAUUAAUUGGCAAACAUGCAUUGUCUUGGCCAUUAUGGCGUUUAGUUUUCUCCCUUUUUCGCUAAUUUUUGUUUAAUGUUUGUUUUUAUUUCAAUCCGCGAUUGGUUGGAAAUCGUUUGUGCCGUUUGUAAAAUAACCGAAAUAAUGUUGUUAACAGUCUACCGAGGAAAACCUAAUGUUAUCGGUUUUCGAUCCACUAUCUUUAUGUAAGUCUGAAAACAGAAAUCGAAAAAUGCAUUGUAAAAACUUGUAGUAAGCCAGUAACAUAAGAUACCUCUUACUCCUGAAUUAGAAUGACAUGUAUGAAAAAUGUGUAGACAACUUGGUGUAAGGGAAAUAAAGGUUUUAACUUAUCUUGAUCGCUAACUCAAGCUGUGCAAAUUUCUUCAGCCAAUUUCAGUGGUAAAUGUAUAAAUGUACAAUCAGAUAAAAGCAAGCAAUUAAUUACUGGAGUCACAGUGGGUUGCAACUCAUUAACAAAGCCAAAAACGGUAACCACUGUUUACUGCUUGUAGAAAAACAAAGAAACGGGUCUGUCUGGGUCAUUCGCCC